CACUGACAGCUUGUAUAUGAAUUUAAUGUGACUGCUCCGCGCCACUUGUAUUAUCGAAAGCAGAGCGCAUAUACGCUGCUUAAACGGAAUGUUCUGUACACCGUUCUCCGAAGAUAAAUAUGUGGUUUACUACAUUUUCUACGCGCACAAAAGCAAUUAGAGUAUUUAUAUAACCAUGAAAUAAAAAAGUAAUUUCACAAUGAGUAAAAAGACCUCAGUAGAUAGGAACCCAGUGCUGUAGUAGGCUAUAACGUGCUAAAAGACGGGUUCAUACAAUUUGCUUUAUAAAACGGGUGAUCCGCUAUAAAAUGCGGAUGGUUUCCUGGCUCUCGGCUUCCUCAGGAUGGAAACUUUUUAUUCUGCAUUCGGAUCCCGGCGCGAGCUGCUGGGACCGGCCGGGAUGCGGUGGGCUGGUCGGGCAUUUUCCUGACGUCAGGUCGCGAAAAGGACGGCAGAUAAACACAGUAUAAAGCCGCAAUGACGGCUCUCUGGUCUGUUUUCUGCCCUAAUACCUGCCUUUUGAAGGGAACCAAAAUGCGGACCCACUGCCAGUCUGCCCUGGGUUUCGCUGCGCUUUUCAUUUUUUUCGUUACCAGGUUUUCCCACGGUGCUGCAUGGACGUACACAGGUCCAAAGGGGGUGCAGCAUUGGUCGAAGAGCUACCCGUUCUGUGGGGGUGUGUUCCAGUCUCCGAUUGAUCUCCAGACGCCACUGCUGCAGUACGACCCGUCCUUGGUGCCCAUCGAGGUGCACAACUACGACCUGCUAGCACACGAGCAGCUGACGCUGGGGAACAGCGGACACGCGGUGAAGCUGUACUUGCCCUCCAAGAUGUACAUCCUGGGUCUGCCAAACCGCUACUCGGCAGUUGAGCUCCACGUCCACUGGGGUUCUCCUAACACUCCUGCAGGUUCUGAGCACACCAUCGACGGGAAGCGCUUUGCAGCAGAGCUGCACGUGGUGCAUUUCAACUCUAAGAAGUACAGCAAUGUCUCCGUGGCAGCAGACAAGUCGGACGGACUGGCAGUGCUGGCGGUUCUGAUUGAGGUUGGUGAAUUCAACCCAGCUUUCGAUCAGCUGCUCAAGUUCAUCAAUGGUGUCAAAUUCAGAGAUCAAAAAGUGCAGGUUCCCGCGUUCAAUAUCCGGCACCUCCUUCCGCUACGGCUCGACCAGUAUUACCGCUAUGAUGGCUCCCUGACUACGCCCCCCUGCUACCCCAGCGUGCUGUGGACCGUGUUCCGGAACCCCAUCACUAUCUCCCACACACAGUUCCUGACUCUGGCCACCGCGAUUUACUCCUCAAGAGAGCGAGAGCCGAUCCCGGUGCCCCUCGACGGGAACUACAGGACCCCGCAGAGCACAGACCAAAGGGUCAUCCUGGUGUCUUUCCGGGAAGAGAUGCAUCUUUGGCUGACCUUGGGUCUGCCCGUUUCUUUCGUCGGGGCCUCAGUUAUAGGAUUCGGGCUAAUUUUCAUUUUCACCCGGAGCAAGUUAAGAACAGAACGAGCAAAGAGAAAUCAAGAACGAAACAAGAACAUUGUAGAGAAGCCAGAAGGAGACCACGGUUUUUCCGAAGUGUAACUUGUCACCCCCCAGAAGAAGAAGAGUGAUUCAGCACCGAACAGCAUCCAGUACAUUCUGUGUAAACUGACCCAGUUGGCUCUAUGAGGUGGACACAGAUGUUUCACAGUCCCCACAUGCUGCGUUUUGAUCAAAUGAAAGUGCACAGGGCUCUUUAUUUUCUGAAAUUCACAAAAUAAACAGAGUGUGGUAAAAAGGUGACCUGGAACUCGGCCAUUCAAAGAGGAGCAGUUCAGAAAAAAGCAGGGUGAUUCAGAGAGGAACGAAAUGACUCCGAGAGCAGUGAUUCAAAGAGGAGCAAUUCAGAGAGCAGUGGAUCAAUUCAAAGAGGAGCAGGGCACAGCAGGGAGGACUGAUCCAGAGAGGAGCAGGGCAAUUCAGGGAGGAGCGACUCAGAGGAGUAUGGUAAUUCAGGGAGGGGCAAUUCAGGAAGGAACAGGACAAUUCAGAGGGGCGUGAUUCAGACAGGAGCAGGUAAUCCAGAGAGGACCGAUCCAGAGAGGAGCAGGCCGAUUGUGGGAGGAGCACUUCAGAGCGCGUCGUGUUUGGGGAGCUGCCUUCACCGUGAGCUGUAACGGGACGGCAGGGCACCGCGAACGCCGCCGCGCACAUGACUGGGGUGAAAGCACCCAGGGCUGGGCGGCCUGAAAGGACGUUACUGUGAUGCUUCUAGAAUCAUCCAGGGCUUAAAAGACUCUUCUGUACCAAUUGUGACAAAGAAACACAGAGCUUUAUGCAAACAGUGCAACAGGGCCCGUUAUCUAGAAUACGGCACAGACCGAGCCUUUGUCACCCGCAGUGAGAGAGGCGCAGAAAGGGGACGAGCCUGUCAUCAGCAGGGCGCCCCCACCCCCGCGUCUCCUGAUCCCACUACAGAAACGCUCCGCUCUUUCUCUAUUGUACAAGCGGGGCGUCCCUGGGACUCGGUACUGUGCAGCACCAAGGCCCUGGGUGGGGGGGACACAUUAAUGCAAUUUUGGCAUCGCUCACUCCAAUACACCAUAAACAAUGCUUAUGGGGAGCAGUACUGCCGGCAGCCAUUGGGGGGCAGUAAUGCACAGAAUUCAGUUUCGCCCCAGUUGCUCAGAAGCCAGAUUUAAGCGUCACUGUCACGCUGAUAUGGCCGGUGUGUUUAGAAAUGUUUCCCAAAGUGCUUGUAUUGCUAUAAUAAAAAAUUCAUUGUCUGUGCAA